AGCGGAGGCUUCUUGCUUUUACUGGUUGGAAAUUUAUGGAUAUAUUGGGGUAUGCAGAGAAGAAAGUUCAUCAAACUCAAAGAGAAAUACUUCAAAGAAAAUGGUGGCUUAUUGUUACAAAAACAACUCGCUAGUCAAGGAGGCUCUAUGGAAACAACAAAACUCUUUACAGCAGAAGAACUUGAGAAGGCCACGAACAAUUACCACGAAAGUAGAAUCCUUGGUGAAGGAGGCUAUGGAACGGUUUACAAAGGAAUAUUACCAGAUAAAAGCGUGGUUGCUAUAAAGAAGUCAAAAGUUAAUGGUGCGCCAGCUCAGAGUGACGUUUUUAUUAAUGAGGUGAUUGUCCUUUCUCAAAUCAAGCACAGAAAUGUGGUGAGGUUAUUAGGUUGUUGUUUAGAGACACCGGCGCCAUUACUGGUUUACGAGUUCAUCGUUGAGGGCACUCUUUCUGAGCACAUCCAUAAAAAAAAUGGCAAAAGAUCGUCACUUUCGUGGGAGCUGCGAUUGAAUAUAGCGACAGAAACAGCAGGAGCACUAGCAUACUUACACUCCUCUGCUCUCAUGCAAAUUAUCCACCGAGAUGUGAAAGCAACAAACAUACUAUUAGAUGAACAUUACACGGCAAAAGUGUCCGACUUUGGAGCUUCAAGAGUGCAAGGAACAUUUGGAUACUUAGACCCCGAAUACUUCCUUACGAAUCAACUGACGGAAAAGAGUGACGUCUAUAGCUUCGGAGUUGUCCUUAUGGAGCUAUUGACAAGCAAAGUGGCACUUUCUUUGGCCAGGCCCGAGGAAGACAGAAACCUAGCCAACUUCUUUGUUCGUUUCAUGGAGGAAGAUCGCUUGAAUGAGGUUCUUGAUGAUGACAUAGUCAACGAGAGAAACGUUGAGACACUAAAAAAGGUGGCAGAAGUCGCAAAAAGAUGUGUAAGGUUAAAAGGGCAGGACAGGCCUAGCAUGAAAGAAGUAGCAAUGGAGCUAGAGGGAAUGAGAGUUACACCAAAGCAACCAUGGGGAAAAUCUGAAGUUUCAAGUCCAGAAGACACUGAGCACUUACUUGGUUCAGCUAUGAAAUUAGACGCUUAUUUUGUGGAUGUUAGAGGUGAUUUUGGUUCUAGAGGUGCAACUAUUGGUACAACCAGUGGGUACGAUAGCAUGCAAAUCCAAAUGGUAAUGCCGUAUGAUGGGCGAUAGUUGACUGACUUAAUGUCGCUAUUGUCUAAUGAUCAUGUAGUUUAGGGAAUCUAAACCACUAUUAAUUUGUGCAUUCUCUUGUAAAUAUUUUUUGUGUGCAUAAAUAUAUACUGUUCUUUGUUGGUCAUGUAGUAUAUCCUGUUCUUUGUUGGUCUUGUUGGUUUAUUGAUUCUUUGAA